CCCAAAAUUUACCUCCAAGUUAUUUCCCCAAGUCCUCCAUUUUCUAAUAACUACCAGCCCCAAAUUAUCUCCCCUAAAACCACCAGCCCCAAAUUAACCCUAGCAAACCCUUCAACGAUAACUCCCUAGCAGCCCAAGAACACCCACCGUCUCCUCCCACCGUCUCCAACGUGAACCGCUUCUGAUCUGCAUUUCUCUAAAAUGUCUAAUCGUGGGAAACGUGGGGCUGCAACUUUUUCAAAGAAGGACUGCGACUUUACAGUCGAACUAAACCAGUUGAUGCAGCCAAUUGGGAAAAACGCCAAUGAUUUCACUUCAUGGUUAGGAGUGAAGUUAAAGGCUGAAUUUUCCUACCAUAUUCCGUCUCCUAAAUUUGGAAAACAAAGAUGGGACGAACUAUGGGAAGAUAUUAAGCGAGAAUGGAGUAUUGAAAGCAAUGCUCCUAAAACUAUGAUGCUUAAGAAUGCAAAGAAACGCCACACAAAUUGGCGGAGUUACCUUACAACAGAAUAUGUAAGGAAAGGCUUAACUCCCUUCGGUAAGUACAAGAAUCUGGAUUCAAAUCAUUGGAAAGAAUUUGUUACCCAAAGGACUAGCAAGGAAUUUGAGGCAAAAAGUAAAAGGGCAACAAAAAGUGCGAAAGCAAACAAAAACUUCACGACCUUAGGACGCACCGGGUUUGCAGCUUUGACCCCUCGCCUUGAGAAAAUCUGGUCUCAACUGGUACCUGUUUACAGUUGUCUUAAAAGUAUCCAAGAUUUACGCUCGAAAAGGUAUAUAGUGAGUAGAGCUAAAAGAAACCGAAAGACUAAUAUAUACUCGCUAUCUGAAGGCACACGAGCUCAAUCAAUCAAACUAGCCCAUUUCGAGAAAAAAAUGAUUGAUGAUGGAAGUUAUUUUUCUGGGAAAGAGGAUCCACUAACCAAGUUAUUAGGACGUGAGCGUGGAGGUCGGUCGCGUACGGUUUCAAGUAUCAUAGGACACACGAAGGUUCGGGGAGGUUUGUUUCAAGGUGGGAGACAAGAUAGUCAAAAUAACGUGCCUACUAGUCAAAAUAAUGUACCUACAGGUUGUGCGAGUGAUGCGUCGGGUGGAUCUAAUAUUGAAUACCCAUCUAUUAAGGAACCCACCUUUUGUGAGUUGUUAUACACGCAUCCUUCCAAAAGAGAAAAAAUAGUUGGUACAACAUAUCUUCAUCCUAAUUCGACUAGGAUUAUACAUAACGGGCCAAUGUCUGAUGGUUAUGUGAAAAUAGAAGUAAUUGAAAUAUAUCCCGAAUACAAGAAAACGUCGCUUCCAGAACUUUCAUGCUACGAGGAACUUGAAGAUUAUGGUGAUGCCAUUGGUCAUUUCAUUCAGUGGCCACUUUCUUCUAUAAAGCUUUCAAACAUAGUGGCAACUCAUCAUAUUCCAACCAUGAUACAACCAGCUCAUGAAAACACAUGUUAUUCACCAGAGUUUGAGGAUGUCACCGAACAAUAUCAAAUUCAUGAAAAUCAUCAAAUUGAUAUGACAAUGGUCGAAAAUGUUAGCGAUGAGUUUCUAUUUGGCCCGCAUGAUAUUUCAACUGAACAUGACGUUGACGGAUCAGAAGAACUGGAUAUGAUGUUUUCGGAACCUGUUGAACAAACUCAAGCUUCAACGAUGUCAAAGGAACAAAAAAGAAUACAAGAGGCCUUGUGGAAUAUCGAACAUUUGCGCCCUAAAAGUAUAAAAUCAUUGGCCGAACGAUUAAGAAAACACUAUGGCGGCGAGACGAGCAUUCAACUUAAGUGUCCUACUGGGAUGUAUCCCACUACCGAUUCCAGUCACUCAUAUGACUACGUCGAAUAUGAGGGGGUGUUGCAGUUUUUAGCAAACGGAUUGCUUGAUGCCAGCUUCAUACAUUGGUGUCAAAUGUUUUUAUAUAAUCACAUGCGGUCAAAAAAAGAGAACGCAAAAGGAAAAAAUCGUGUUGCCUACUUCAAUACCCAAUACAUCACUGGGAAAGAAUGUGAGAAAAAUCUGGCAAGUGUUAAAGAACACUUAGUCGAGGUCUACAAACUUCACAAGGACAAAAAGUAUUUUCUCGCUCCAUUUUUCUACGGUGGUCAUUGGGUGUUGUUUAUUGUGUCCCCUUCGGACCGGAAAGGUUGGAUUUUGGAUUCAGUCGAUUAGAGCCGAAAAGAAUAAAAAUCAUUAUCCUCUAACAAAAGCAAUUGAAACUACCUUUGGAAGUCAAUUUACAUGGAAGAUGGCAAAGUGUAUGCAACAAGAUGGCUCUUGGGAGUGUGGAUAUUUGGUAAUAAGAAACAUGUUCAACUUUGUUCUCGAAAAGCAAUAUGAUUUUCCGAAAAAGAUUUGGAACGACACAAGAGAUGUCACUGAACCGGAAAUCGAUGAGUUGGUUAAGAACAUCAUGACUCGGUUUUUCAGAGAACUGUUUAAUGAUACCACCAAGAAAUAGUAUGGUGUUUGAACAAUUUUUGUAAGAUAUGUCCGCUAUCAAACAUGUCUAGGAUAUAUCUGUUUAGGUUUGUUGAUGAAACACGUUUGUGAUGUUUGUUUGGAUGUUUAAUGUAAUUUUGGUUUCAUUUA